AUGUAUAAGCUAAUUUAUUCAUCUGUGAAAUCUUUUAUAACACCAUACCAACAUGGUUUCGUUGAGAAGAGGUCGACUGUGACGAAUCUGGCUUGUUUUUCUCAAUACGUAUCUCAGUUAAUCGAUAACAAACUGCGCCAAUUUGGCUUCUCUGAGUCAUUACUUAAAUUAUUCAAGUCGUACCUUAUUGGUAGAGUGCAGUUAGUACGAUAUCGUAACUUCUAUUCAGAAAUAUAUUCACCGACAUCUGGAGUUCCUCAGGGAUCUAAUUUGGGACCACUUUUGUUCUUACUGUUUAUUAACGACAUUGUUGAACAUAUAUCUUCCGAAAAGUUGUUAUUUGCAGAUGACUUGAAAUUGUUUUUUGAAAUUAACACCAUUGAUGAUUUUUCGUAUACUAAAAAACAGGAACCUAUUAUCUUCAAUUAUAAUAUCGAUGCAGUUACCCUAAAUCGUGGAGAAAAGUAUAAAGACCUUGGAAUCACCUUUGAUAGUAGGCUAAUGUUUAAUGAUCAUAUGACAGAAAUAGUGUCAAAAGCUUACAGGAUUAUUAUUAUUAUUAUUAAAACUAAGGCCAAAACUCCUCUGGUUCAAGCACUGGUUGUUGAAAGUACCGAAAUCGUGAAAUUUUUGCUAGCCAAAGGAGAUACGCUCUUGGACGACCUCAAGGGCGCUGAAAUAUCGUAUCUGCUUACCUUCAUGGAGAAGAAAAACUACGGAAUGGUCAAACUUUUAGUUGACAAUGGAGCUGGAUUGGAUAAGUUUGGUGGUUGUGGAAACACUGCGUUGACUAAAGCUAUAGAACUAGAAGAUUUCGAGAUGAUCGAGUAUUUUGUACGUUGCGGUGCCAAUGUUAAUCAGGCAAACAGAAACACAUUAACACCACUGGUUGCAGCAGCGAGGGUGAGAGAUUUUCGCACUUUUCAGUUUUUGGUGGACUCGGGAGCGGUGAUUCAGGUUGGUUCCAUGUUACUUGACGAAACGUUGAUGAGGUACUACCAAAUAGCGCAAGAAAAUAUUUGGAAAAGGAAAAUUGCGGACACGGAAUUGGGUUCUAAUCAGGAAGAAGCAGAGCAUGAAACUGUAGUAGAAGAAAAUGCACGUGUUGAGACUCCUGUUGAAAUUGUCAAGGAGAAAACUUUAGCUGAACGAAAUUAUUACAUUAUAGAAUUCGAUUGAUGCGCCAUGAGAUUCCAAGCUUAUGAUAUUUUACAAAAGU